UAUAACCACGUUUACCGGUAAAUAUCAAUCGAAUUCAAUUAUUCUAGUUUCUUGCUGAAUGAAAAAAUUUAAUAUUAGUCUUGUUAGAGAUCAUGAAUUUGAAUGCACUUUUUCUAAAACGAACAGUAUUUCAUAAACUAUUUCGUCACUGCUGCUCAAAAAAAGUAGUUUUGGGCAUUGAAACAAGUUGUGAUGAUACUGCAGCAGCUGUUAUCGAUGAGACAGGAAAAAUUCUUGGACACAAAUGCGAAUCCCAGAUGAAGAUACAUUUGGAGAAUGGUGGUGUAAUACCUCAUAUUGCUGUUCACUUUCAUCGGGAAAAUAUCGAAAGUGUGGUAUCUUCUUCAUUAGCAAAAAGUGGACUUUCUUUAGAAAAUAUUUCUGCUGUUGCCGUUACCACGAAACCAGGUCUUCGAGGUUCGUUGUUAGUUGGCUUACAACAUGCAAAGAAAGUAGCGAAAGCUUUUUCCAAGCCCUUGAUUCCUAUUCAUCACAUGGAAGCACACGCUCUAACUCCUAGGCUUAAUAAUGAGAUUCCUUUUCCUUUUCUUGCACUUCUGGCAUCUGGAGGACAUUGCCAGAUAGCUCUUGUCAAUAGUGUGGAUGAAUUCCUGCUUUUGGGAAAUUCUUGCCAUAAUUCUCCUGGUGAAGUGCUAGACAAGAUAGCUAGGAGACUGAAGUUGCAAAAUUUGCCCUCUUGUCGUGGGUUGAGUGGAGGUCAUGCAAUAGAGGUGAUGUCUGAAGGUGGUGAUCCGACAGCCUAUUCUUUCCCUCAUUCCCUUCUUCACUACAGAGACUGCAAUUUCUCUUUUUCAGGAUUCACAUCCACACAAGUCAUUGAGGACGAAGAAAAGAGAUACGAUGUUGCUGCUGACGGAGUUAUACCGAAUGUUCGAGAUUUUUGCGCAUCACUUCUUCAUGGUUAUUCCCUGCAUUUGUCUCACAGGGUCGAACGUGCCUUUGAAUUCUGUAAAAUAGAAAAUCUGAUGAGUGACCAGCAUCGAGCUCUCGUCUUUUCAGGUGGAGUUGCUUGUAACUCCUACAUAAGGAAAUACCUUCAACAAAUGUGCACUCAGUUGAAUUCAAAAUUUUUUCCUGCACCAAAACAUUUGUGUAACGAUAACGGAAUCAUGAUUGCCUGGAAUGGAAUUGAGAAACUGAGGAAAAAUAUUGACAUUCUCUAUAACUUUGAUGAUGUUCUGCCUGAUCCUGAUUGCCCUCUAGGAAUUGAUAUGACUGAAACUGUUCGCAAAGCAAACAUUAAAGUUCGAUUACCGAGAAUAAAUGUUAGUGCUGGUUGAGAAAUGUAUUAUGUGCUGAUUGAAGAUUUAUUUAUAAGAAGUGCCUCUGGUUUGGAACUCUGAAAAGUACAAAUACUUUAUAUUGAUUGGGACUUGAAAGUCUCCAUAGAAGGAGAAAAAGAAACAAUUUUGAAAUGAAUCAAAACAUUUUUACUAAAAGGCCAUUUUCAGAAAACGAUCCUUCAAAAGUAGAUGUACAGAUUUCGGUUUCUGAAAGCUUUAACUGGAUACGAAGAAAGUAAGAAAAAAACCCAGGGUAGACUGUUUAAAGUUUUACGGGGUAUCUGCACACCUGGAAAGUCAUGGAUUUCGGUAUUGAAGAAAAUUUGUCAUGAAAUGGUAUGA